AUGAGAAAAAUAUUUAGUAUUCGUCAAACUAAAGCCAAAGCUUCAUUUAUAAACAAAGAUUUAAUCUUAAUAAUCAGUUCAUCAUUUAUUAACAUUUACAUGUGUAUUAAUAACAAGUUAACUUUAUAUAAAUCUAAAAACAAUAAGAAUUUGAGUUUAUUUGAUAAAAACGAUCAAAGUAAAGUAUUUAUGGAUCAGAGUAAGAGGUAUAAAGGGGAAAUUGAUCAUAACACAAUAAAAAUAUCUGAUGUAGUCUCAAACACCGUUUGUGAUACUUUGUAUAUUAAAAAUGUAGAAUCUUGCUUUUUUAAGGAAAAAUUAAAAUUUUUGUAUGUUUUAAAAAAUAAUAACGAUAUUGAUCUUUAUUAUGACAAAGAUUUAUUUAGUAGAAAGAAAAAAAUAGAACUUAAUGAAAUUUUAUUGAAAAAUAAGAAAGUUGAAAAUAAAACAGAAACAGAGAUGUUUAUUUUAGAUUUAAAUAAUAAUCUUAGAAAUAAUAUUAAUGAAAAUAAAACAAUAACAAAACUUAGGAGCAAUUUGUAUAAAGAUAUUUCUCUAUAUAAGGAUUGUUUGACAAAAUAUGAUACAGAUUUCUAUCUGAAAAGUUUAGAUAAAGAGGAAGUUAAUAAUUUAAUAAGAUUAAUCAGAGAUGAGGAUGAAGCUAUUUUUUUGCUUAAUAAGUUAUUUCUAUACAAGUCAAAAAAAAUUGAUGAUGUUUUAAUUGAAAGUAAUUUUUUAAAAUACAAAAUUUUAUUUGAUAGAUACGAAGAGAUAGUUAAUAUUCUAAAGAUGAUUAAAAAGUAG